GCGCUCCUUCGGACAGGCUACACUAUCAGCGGAAUCGCAAAAUCGACAAUUUUGGCCUGGGUGAGCAGGCUCCCCCGAGCUCCUGUCUUCGACUUGCAGAUCGUCAGCCCUCGUAGUUUCUCACAACUGGCCAUACAGUGCUACGACUGGUCAUAUAGUUUUACGACUGGUCAUAUAGUUUUACGACUGGUCAUAUAAUUUUACAGCUGGCCGUUCGACUGCUCCGCGACUCCCUCAACGUUUCCACCAAACACCCAGGCAACAACAUGAACGUGGAGUUUGGCAUCGAAGUGCCUGGUGAGGCAAACCCGCUCACCGAAGGCAUCUUGUUCCACGUGCUGCGCUCCGCAGCUUCCACGGACCCGCAACAGGUCCAGUCAGGCACCAAGCAGCUGCAGGAGUGGGAGAAGGCGCGUGGCUAUUACCCCCUGCUCCAGACAGUGUUCCUGGACAAGUCACUGCCGCUCGAGGUCCGCUAUCUUGCUGUCAUCCAACUCAAGAACGGCAUCGACAAGUACUGGCGCAAGACUGCCACCAACGCUGUUGCGAGAGAGGACAAGGCCGCUAUUCGAGCGCGUUUGCUGGAGAGUGCCGCCAACGAAGCCGACCAGCGGCUUGCGCUUCAGAACGCAUUGGUUGUUGCCAAGAUUGUCAGAUUCGAGUUUCCAAACGACUGGCCGGAACUGUUCCAGCAGCUGCUCCAGAUCCUUCGCGCCUCGACCGACCCGAAUGCUUACCGCUUACAGCUGCCUCGCGCCCUUCUCGUCCUACUGUAUAUCGUAAAGGAGCUCUCGACCGGUCGCCUAUUGCGCACGCGCCAGAGCCUGCAGACCGUGGCACCCGCCAUCUUCAACGUCCUGGGCACAAUCUACGUGAACAAAGUACAGACCUGGCAAUCGUUCUUCCGCGACGGCGGUGAGGAUGAAGGUGGCGCAAUCGAGAGCAUCGAGCACAGCUUGAUCGCCAUCAAGAUCAUUCGCAGGCUGCUCAUCGCAGGCUACGAGUUUCCGGGUAGGGAGAAGGAUGUUCAAGAGUUCUGGACGCUGACUCGAACGCACUUUGGAGAGUUCUUCCAAUACGUCUCUACUGAGAACUCGCCGCUCGGCGAGAGCGUGCGGAAGCUAAUCGAGAAGCACUUGAUGCAGCUGUCCAAACUCCACUUAACCAUGGCUCUCACUCACCCUGCCAGCUUCGUGCUGCUGCCAAACUCAAUAGCUCUCGUGCGCGACUACUGGGGCUUGAUCGCAAGACUAGGUGAGACAUGGGGCUCCAAGUCGUUAGAUGGUGCACAAAUCGGCACAGAUGGCGACGCUGAAGAUGACGCGCCGAUCACUGAGCGACUCGGCCUGAAGGGCCUUCUGUUGAUGCGCGCAUGCGUGAAGAUGGUCUUCUACCCGACUCAGACCUUCAAGUACAAGCAGCAACAAGAAAAGGACGAGCGGUCCCAGGCGGUGCAGGCCGUCAAGCAAGAGCUUCUCACAGAUGACCUUGUGCGCGAAAUGAUCUCAACGCUCGUUACACGCUUCUUCGUCUUCCGACCAAGCGACCUGCGCAUGUGGGAAGAAGAGCCAGACGAGUGGGAGAAGAUGGAAGAGGGCGCUGAAGAUUGGGAGUUCGCCAUUCGCCCCUGCGCCGAGAAGCUGUUCCUAGAUCUCGCAAAGAAUUUCAAAGUUUUGAUCGUCCAGCCGCUGCUCCAAGUCUUUUACACCGUUGCCACUCCCGACAAUGAGGAUAUCCUGUUCAAAGACUCCGUCUACACAGCAAUUGGUCUUGCUGCCGACAUUCUACACGAUCAGCUCGACUUCGAUGCCUUCCUCGAAAACACCCUCGUUGCUGAAGUAGGCAAGCAGAAGCCCGGGUUCAACAUCAUUCGCCGCCGAAUUGCAAUCGUCAUCUCGCAGUGGAUUGCCAUCAAAAUCGCUCAAGAGAAGAAGCCGAUCGUAUACCAGAUCUUCCAGCACCUAUUGGACACAAGCGACCCACUCAACGACCAGGUCGUCCGGGUCACUGCAGGCCGACGCUUCAAGGAUAUCGCUGAUGAGUGGGAGUUCCAUGCUGACAACUUCCUACCAUACGCGCCGACUACCUUGGAGAGAUUGAUGGCGCUUGUGCAGGAAGUGGACCUCCCAGACACCAAGAUGGCUCUCCUGAGCACUAUCAGUAUCAUAGUCGAAAGACUUGAGCAUCAUAUCACUCCAUACGCGAACAGCAUUGUCUCCCUCCUCCCACCUCUGUGGGAGCAGUCCGGCGAGGAGCACCUGAUGAAGCAGGCCAUUCUUACUCUCCUGGCUCGCCUGACGAAUGCAAUGAAAGCGGAAUCCCGCACCUUCCACGUCUCUUUCCUACCCAUCAUCCAAAGCGCCAUCGAGCCCGAGUCCGAGACACAAGUCUACCUCCUAGAAGAUGCACUCGAUCUGUGGUCAUCUAUCGUCGCACAAACACCAUCCGCACCCGAGCCCACACCCCAAGCGCUCCUCAACCUCCUUCAGUACCUUCUACCUCUCUUCUCAAUGGACAACGACACCCUCCGCAAAGCCAUUGAGAUCACAGAAGCCUACCUCCUCCUCGCGCCCGCCGCCGUGCUUGCCGACAACUUCCGCCCCGCCCUUCUCCAAGCUCUGGCUGACCUCCUUGGCAACCUCAAGCCCGAAGCCAACGGCAUCCUAACCCACCUCGUGCAGUGCGUGAUCCGCGGCGCUGAAGGCGUCGGAGGUGAAGCAGCAGUCCGCGUCCUCACUCAGGACCUGAUCUCCACCGGCUUCUUCGCCAAAGUCCUCGAGGGCUUGCACGGGGCGUGGACACACCACCAGAGUCAUGGUCCGUACCGCGAACUGCCCUCCCGCGCGGUGGAUGGCGUGGUGGAAACAGACUACUUCACCGUCCUGGCACGCAUUGGGCUUGCCAGUCCGGGCGUGCUGCUUGAAGCCCUGUCAUCGAUUGGCAGUGAGGGGUUGGAGAAGACGCUCGAUUGGCUGCUGGAGGAGUGGUUCAGCCAUAUUGAGAAUAUCGGCGAUGCGCCAGGGAAGAAACUCAUGACUCUUGUCCUGACGAGGUUGUUGGAGACGGGGCAGCCGUGGGCGCUGGGUAGGUUGCAGAGCUUCAUGGCGCUGUGGACGGAUGUGCUGGCCGAGUUACUGGAUGGGAUGGAUGAUCGGAGUGUGGAUUGCCUCUACUGGCCGCCCGAGCCGUAUAACCCCACCGAGCCCGAGGCGCCGGAAGAUGUGAGAAAGCGCGACCUCUUGUAUUCGGAUCCUGUGCAUCAGAUCAACCUUGUCGCUUUUGUGAGGGAGCACAUCCAGCAGGCGGUGCAAACCAUGGGUGGGGAGCAACGGUUUCAGGAGGAGUGGUUGAGCAGGGUGGAUAAGGAUGUCCUGAAGGGGUUUGGGGAGCUGGGUAUCAUGUGAGACGGAGAACAAGAUCGAUGAUACGAGCGCCGAGAGCAUAGACCAUGAAUGACAGUACAUUGUGCUGUAGGGUUGUGCCACUCACAAACAGGUUGGACGAACAAUACAACCUCGUGGCGCAGCAAUCCAGGGCAGAGGUGUCUACGGAUGAAGGCACAUAGCCCCGCUUGGACCACGCCCAAGUCACAUCACUUCACAUCAUAACCGCUCCUGUUUGUAAUAGUAACGGCAGCUCAUAACCACCGAAAAUGUCUCUCCGGGCCACCUGCAGAAGUGGCUCUGCCAGUAAACACAAAGACCUG